AUGACCUCCGCUUCUUUCGAGCGGCCGACGACGACGACCAAUAGCGCUGCCAGCCCAUCUACUCCUACGCUCCUCUCCAUCAUCCUACGCUGCCACAACCACCCUUACCCGCUCUUCUCCUCCCCCACUACCGACUACUUUACGCCUUUCCACCUGCACUUAGGCCCUCCCACGGCGCAGAUUGGCUUUAUACCCAAGGCUGUCUUGGCUGAGAUUCUCAAAGGUGAUGCAAAGGGGAUCUUCAUCCACUCCGAGGGCCGGGUAGGACUGGCACGCAGUCUAGACUCCUUUCAGAAGAGGAGCAACGCCCUUAAUAGCCUCGUUCGCUCCUGGCGAGAUGUCGGGCUCUUCAGAGACGCUCUCGAUGGCUGGCGCGAGGAAAUGUACGCAGUCUACUCUUCCGACUCGCAUCCAUUCAAUUCCUGGGAGAGGACUACACGGAGUGGAACAGAGGUAGGGUCAAGAGGAGCGGUAUUCGAGCUGGAGCGAGCCGCUUGCGCCCUCUUCGGCCUAGUCACCUACGGGGUGCAUCUCACUGCUUACACCCAGGAGCCAAGCAGCAGCACAAGCGCUUCUGAUGCUGACACGAGCUCGAGCUCCGACUUGCUCAAGGUCUGGGUGCCCCGUCGCUCCGCCAGCAAAGCGACCUGGCCUAGCUACCUCGACAACAGCGUCGCAGGCGGCAUCACCUCUGGUGACGCUCCCUUUGAGUCGAUUGUGCGGGAAUGUCAGGAGGAGGCUUCGCUCUCUGAGGACGUGGUUCGUGCGCGAAUCCAGCAAGCAGGAGUGGUGACGUACGUCUAUCGCACCCUGCCUCUGGAGGAGGGAGGAGGGUAUCUGCAGCCCGAGGUGCAGUACAUCUAUGAUCUUCCUCUUCCUGCACCUGACUUUGCCGAUGGCGAUGCAGAGGAAGCCAAGUUCAUUCCCAAGCCAAACGACGGUGAAGCCCAAUCCUUUGAUCUCCUCUCCGUUCCACAAAUCAUGGACCUGUUGAAAAAGGGCGAAUUCAAGCCCAAUUGCGGGCUAGUCAUGUUGGACUUUCUCAUCAGGAAGGGGGUGAUACGUGAGGGUGAGAAGGAUGUAGAAGGAUAUGUGGAAAUGCCCCAGAUCCAGCUCCAAGUCCAGCUUCCCCAGCUGGACAUCGCUCUGGAAACCCCAGGGCAUGCUCUCAUCCCAUCGCACAUGGGCAGGGCAGGACACUAG